CGGGGACAAAGAAAAAACUUGCGCUUUUAUUUUGGCGAAUCAGACCGGAAGUCGUUGCUACGGCGAGCGAAAGGAUAACUAUCGCGGCGUGUUGAGAUUGUUUUCUCCCAGAUAAUUAUAGUUUUUCUGUAACAUACUAACGAGGCUGGGAAUUGUGUCUAACAAUGAUAAUCCCCGUGAGGUGCUUCACUUGUGGGAAGAUUGUGGGAAACAAAUGGGAAGCCUACCUUGGUUUACUUCAGGCUGAGUAUACUGAAGGUGAUGCACUCGAUGCCCUGGGCCUGAAGAGGUACUGCUGUCGGAGGAUGCUUCUCUCUCACGUGGAUCUUAUUGAGAAAUUGUUGAAUUAUGCUCCACUGGAAAAAUAACUGGGAAAUGGCUAGGAAACAUUUGUGUAAUGUGUGACACCGGAUAACAUGCAGGGAAAAUUUGUAUUAUUUUAGGAAACCUAUUCAAUAAAACUUUUUUAAAUAAAACUGAUAAA